ACUCGUUGCUGCUGAGUCGUUGCGAUGUCCGGCCGCGGGAAGCAGGGCGGGAAGGCGCGGGCCAAGGCCAAGUCGCGCUCGUCGCGGGCCGGGCUGCAGUUCCCCGUGGGCCGCGUGCACCGGCUGCUGCGCAAGGGCAACUACGCGGAGCGGGUGGGCGCCGGCGCCCCGGUGUACCUGGCGGCCGUGCUGGAGUACCUGACGGCCGAGAUCCUGGAGCUGGCGGGCAACGCGGCCCGCGACAACAACCUGGAAUCCCUAACCUCACAAAAUGGGAACUCGUACACUGUACGAACCGAAGUCGACUUCGCGGGAGCCCCCUUUAUACCGGCGCUGCCCAAAGCAGCGGCUCCACAGCGCCGCAUCCCCAUUGGGUGGAAGUUCUGCCGUAGAACGUCACGACCCGCUAAGCUUUGCUAUUGGACGCUUCUCGAUUCGCGCGCCCAUUGGCCGAGGAAACAGCGCCUCCCUCACAGCCAAUCAGCGACCGCGCCACCGCUCCGCCCGAGCAGGAUAUAA